UGUUUGUGCACAUAGCGAAAAUUCAGUGUAGAUUUUUUUGUGGAAAAUGGAAGUAAAAGGAGGAGAGAACUCUGACAAGCUGAGGGAAUUCGAAAGUCUCGGGGACCUUGACUACCAGGAAUCAGAAAUGAUAGUGCGAAGCAUCCUUGAUGGUAUAUUGGACAUGGUUUGCAGAAAUGUUCAUGGUACUGAGUACAGUGUUGGCAAAGAACAGUCAGUUCUACUGCAAACUUCAGACGACAGAAUCAAAGCAAAAAGGGAUUUGUAUCAGGAACAAAGAAUAACAGAAAAGAAGAUAUUCCGCAGAGUUGCACGGGAAACCGUACGAGAUUUGAUCAUUCUGGCGACCAGACAGGCUACCUCAAGCAUGUUUAGCCAAGACAAGGGACAGUCAGCUAUUCCCCCGUUCAGAUUUGCAAAUUACAACACACAGAAAUUGAAAAUACAAAAGAAGGUCAAGGUCAUGAUUGGAUCUGAAAUCGUUCACUAUUCCCUCACCCUUUCAAACAGACCUGCAAAAUGUGCUGAAGUAACGAGCAUGGGGACACAGAGGUCUCUUGAAGACCACAGAAAAAUAACUCCAAAGCCAAUGUACAAAGCUCCAGAGAAAAUUGUUCAUGAUCCUAUGAUCCAAGCUUCACCUGACAGUGAUAUUCCUGGCACUAUAAUAGCUUUCCCAGAUCCAGAUACCAGCAAUGAAAUGGUGCGUAUUUGA